AUGAGAGCGAGGAGGCCAGAACAAGAAGCAUCACGGCGACGAAGAGCGGAGGCAUCAUCAUUGCUAUCUGCUGUCGUUUUGGUGAUAUGUUUGGUCCAGACCCAAGCGUUGUCCAUGUCAUUGAUGGGUUCAAAUAAUAAGGGUGUCACAGUCAUUGCUGGAGCGACUGGUUACAUUGGAAAGAGUGCCGUUCGUGAAAGCGUCCGUCAAGGAUACAAAACUUUUGCCUUGAUACGGGAUCGAAAGAAGAUCGAGUCGAAGGAAGGAAAACGAUUAUACGGGGAUUACUUCGACGGCGCCCAAGUGGUAGAGGUCGAUGUUGCGGAUGAAGAAAGGCUAUUACAGGUCAUUUCGGAAAUCAAGGAAACCGAGGGUGAAAUCGAUUCGGUGGUGUCUUGCUUGGCAUCACGGUCUGGAAUCAAACGAGAAGCUUACAAUAUAGAUUAUCAGGCCACGCUGAAUUGUUUGAAUGCCGGUAUGGAAAACGAUGCCAAACAUUUUGUCCUCCUCAGUGCCAUUUGCGUGCGCAAGCCACUCCUACACUUUCAACGGGCCAAACUAAAGUUCGAAGCCGCAUUACAAGCACAAGAUAAGUUGAAAUAUAGUAUCGUCCGGCCGACGGCAUUUUUCAAGUCAGUGUCCGGGCAGUUGGAACGAUUGCAAGAGGGCAAGUCGUUCUUGAUGUUCCAAGACUCCACUCGGGCGAAUCCUAUCGCCGAGUCCGACCUUGCGACAUAUCUGAUCGAUUGCAUUGCUGACGAGAGUAGACACAACAAAGUUCUCAAUCUUGGAGGUCCAGACAAGGCCAUGACAAAGUUGGAACAAGGUGAAAUGAUGUUCCGAUCCGUAUCCAAGGAACCAAAGUAUAGUCGAUUACCGGUCGGGAUAUUUGAUGUAUCCAUCAAUGCGCUCCAGUGGCUGGCUGAUGUCUUCCAAAAUGAAAGCCUUGAAAAUGCUGCCGAACUGGGAAGGAUAGGCAAAUAUUAUGCUGUCGAGGAUAUGGUGACAACCGAACCUACAGAAAUGUACGGCACCAUUACCCUCCAAGAGCACUUUGACCGUAUCGCCAAAGAGGGACAAGAAUACGACCCCUACACAACCAUGACUGGAAUUAUAGGUCUGAUCGGCAAAGAUGGCGAAGAACAGAACAAUGGAGCAGUGUCAACAUCUGACAGCCUGCAACCAACCUCAAUUUUGGAAAAAGAAACCGUCGGCGUAUAA